AACGCGCUGAAGUCAAGUUGGUGGCCUUCAAGGCCGCCUGCACCGUACGAAUUGCUGCGUCCAACAUCACACCGGCAAUCCCCAUAACCUUUACCUCUGCAAAGACACGAACUUUCGCUUCCAUAGAAUCAAUCACGCGAACACACGCUGGAUGAUGGCCAUUUUGCCUUGCUGAAGAACUCGACACAAAUAUCUUCUGCCACCGAAAUCGCUAACAUGGCUGACAACCCAGAAGAGCCGUCGCAUAAUGCGCUGUCUUCAACAUUUCCCAAUCCGCCCCCGUUCUGGAGGCAGUUUACGCCAGAAAACCUAUCACGCAUCGAAGAGCUUCGCAAAGCUCAGGCCGACAAAGAUGGUGUCGCAGUCAAGGACCUGCCCGUCCGUCUACCAGACAUUCCCGAAGAUCUCAUGCACCUUCAACCGCCAGCCGAACCAGCAGCAGGCACUUGGAGAGUCCUCGGAGGAAACUACACUCUCGACGACAAGCUUCCCUCGUUAGAGGAGGACGAAAUCCAACGACUGGCGCCGGCGCACUCGGAUGAAAAGGACGGUAAACCCAUGGACCGGGCAUUCGAGCUCAAGAAGAUGGCCAAGUCUCUUCUCUUGAACUUUCUGGAGCUUGUCAGCGUCAUGGCAACGGUGCCGGACGACGGCGCUGCCAAAAUCCAGGACCUGCGCACCCUCCUAAUCAACUUCCAUCAUCUUCUCAACGAAUACCGACCUCAUCAAGCUCGCGAAUCGGCCAUCGCGCUGAUGCAAUCGAACCUCGACCGCACAAGGGCAGAAACAGCAGCCAUCCGAGCCCAGGUGGACAAGGCGAAGCGGGUCCUCGAGGGCCUUGGCAGCAUCGAGACGCCCAAGGGACCAGAAAACAUCACAUCAGCCGUUGAUGGCGAACUGACCGCUAAAGAUGUGGAGACCUUUGGCAGGGCGAGAGAGCAGGAGGUGUGGGCGGAUGCGAAUGCGUUGUUUCUCUAGCGGGGAGAUGGUGACGAGUUGCCCGCUGCUCCGCUGCUAGAGGCCAUAAUCAGGUAUCCCUUCCCACUUUACGACGAUGUAGAAGAGAUGUUCCGGCGUUGGGAAGAGAACCAGGGAGAGUUGCAAGCAUAGAUACCCAGUUUCAACAAAAAGAACAAGGAUCAGGCGAUAUCGGAGGA